UAGGUCUCUAUCGUUGUGGUGGCGCGACGGUGACGGAGAAUCGGAAGAGAAAUAUAAAUUUGAAUUAAAAAAAUUUUUCAUAAUUUUUAUCAGCACCGUGCUCUGGUGUGUUUUUCUGUACCUCGAUGAUGGAGGCGAUUAGAGAAUUUGUUUGUGUCGCAACGAUUUAAUUGUGACUAUGAAUUAUUAUUACCUUCAAUGCCACUAGCGUACAAUUGUAUCGUCUCCAACCAGUCAACAUGAAAAAACUUUUCUCUAAAAUCGACAAUUCCAAAGAUCCCAACUGUUUCGUUGGUAAACAGUUUGUGGUAGGCCGUACUUCUGUAACUGUAGAGGAUGUGAUUGCGGAAGGUGGUUUUGCUGUUGUUUUCCUUGUAAAAAGUAAUAACAAAAAAUAUGCUUUGAAGCGUUUAUUUGUUAAUGAUGAAGUAGACUUGGGAGUUGCCAAAAAAGAAAUACAAAUAGCUAGUAGUUUAAAUGGUCAUAAAAAUAUUGUUGGUUUUAUUGACUCAAAUAUAACACGCCAUAAUAAUGGCGUUCAUGAGGUACUAAUGUUGAUGCCUUACUGUCCAUCUAAUGUUUUAACUCUUAUGAACAACAGGCUACAAUCUGGCUUCACAGAAAUUGAAAUCCUUCAAAUAUUUUGUGAUACUUGUGAAGCAGUUAGUCGCUUGCAUCAUUCACAAACACCUAUAAUACACAGAGAUUUAAAAAUUGAAAAUAUUUUAGUUAGUGAAAAUGGUCAAUAUUUAUUGUGUGAUUUUGGUUCAGCGACGGCACGUGAACUAGAUCCAAAUAUACAAGGGGUACAUGCUAUAGAAGAAGAAAUUAACAAAUAUACUACAUUAUCUUAUCGAUCACCUGAAAUGAUUGACUUAUACAACAACAAAGUGAUAACUACAAAAUCAGAUAUUUGGGCUUUGGGUUGUUUAUUGUACAAACUAUGUUAUUUUACCCUUCCGUUUGGUGAAAGUCCAUUAAAAAUACAAAGUGGUCAGUUUAGUAUUCCAGACACUCCAGAAUAUUCAUUAAAAUUAAAUACUUUAAUCAAAUACAUGUUGGAGGUUGAACCUGAUUUACGUCCAGAUAUUUUCCAGGUUUCUUUUAUUGCAUUCCAGUUAGCUGGAAAAGAUAAUCCAGUUCAAAAUUUAAAUAAUGUUCCCCAUCCAAAUAUUAAUGAAUUAAUUGUGUCACUAAAUGAAAAACGAGUUCCUCAAACACCAAAAACACAUGUCAAACAAAAUUACCAUCCAUCUACCAUUGUAGAAGGCACUAGUGUGAAUCCAAGGCAAAGACCAAAACCUUUAAGUUCAGGAAUACCUCCACCUUUAGGUUCAUCUCCAACAUUUAGAAGAGCAUUUCAACCAUCUGUUGGAAUGUUAACAAAUUCUCAUUCGCCGGAAAUAUCUCACCAAAAUAAAAUACCACAGCAAAUAUCUCCACGGGAAAAAUCCUCUCAAGUAUUAUUCCCAGUCAAAGAUUAUGCAGAUCCAUUUGUUGAAACUACAUUCAUUCAGUCUACAACAGCAUCACCUUCAUCAUCCCCUUUAAUUUCUAUACCCAAACAUAAACGAAACGUUAGCGAAACUUCUACAUUCUCUAAGAUUUUUGUCAAUGAAAAUAAUCAGUUCUUAACGUCCUAUGAAGAUACCACUAAAGAAUGUUCUGUUGCAACGCAAGAUUCCACUGUUUUUUCUACUACUAAUGUAGAACCUAUUAAUAAUUUGAGUAUAAAAAAAUCAUGGAAUCCAUUUGAAGAAUCAUCGUCUUUUCAGUAUCAAGAUGAUGCUGAAAAGGAAACUUUUAAUCCUUCAUUCACUCAAUUGCCUUCUAAUGAGAAUGAUGAAAUUAUUGAAAAAUCUCUAGAAGUAACUGCAAAAACAAUGAAAUCCUUUAAAACUGAAGAAGAUCCAUUUGGUUCUGCACCAUUUCCAUUCAAAAGUAUUGAUGAAUCAAUUGGAAAUAGUCCAGUUAGAAAAGUGUCACUUAAUGGAACGGAUAUUAAAAAAAAUGCUGAAAAAUGGAAAACGUACUUCAUUGAACAUAAUUUAAAAUUAGACAGAUUAAUACUAAAUAAUCAACCCGAUAAUGAUGAAAUUGCUACUGGCUUAGUAGCAACAGCUCAUAGUGAUGAUGAACUAGAAUCAAAUGAAUGUUCAUCAACUCCUUUUGUAAAAAUCCCACUUGAAGAUCGAUCAAAAUAUGAAAAACUUGCUUGCAAUACAGAUGAAGUUUCUUCAGAUGAUAGUCAAGUAGUAAGUGGUGAAACUAGAAAAAAAUCUUCAAAACGAAGAAAAAUCCCAGAAUUCAAAUCAACUAGUCGUUUUCGAAAGGACAAAAAAAAUAAAAAACAUCAGAAUGAAUAUGAUCAAUCUGAUGAUGAUUCUAUUGGAUCAGCUAGUGAUCUUCAAACUCGUAAUGAUGAUGAAGACACAAACAAAAACAUUCCUGAAACUAUGACGGUUAAAGAUAGUAUGAUAACAUGUGGAUCGUCAGCAUAUCAUGCUGAAUGUGAAAGUAUGGCACGAGAUGAUAUUCCUCCACCAAACGCCCAAGGAGCAACUAGACUUCGUGACCCGGUACCUGUUAAAAGUGUUGAUGCUGAAAUACCAUUAAUAUCUGAUAAUGAAGGAGAAGAGUAUGAAAGUUUAGACAAUACUGAUGUGUUUGCAAUGGCUCCAUUUCCUAAGGCGAAAAAAAAAUGUUCAGAUAAUGAUUCAGAUCUAUUUGGUUCUGUGCCUUUCAAAUCCAUUAACACAAAUCCAUUUGAACAGGCUGAUUUUACCGAUAGUGUUUAUUUUCAAAAAGAAGACUUAAUAGAAGCACCAUUUAGAUCUGAACCAAAAGAAGCUAUUUUAGUGGAUUUAGAUCCACAAGAACCAAUUUAUAUGAAAAUAAUUCCAAAAAGUGUUGCACAGGUAGCAACUAAUAAAGUUAUAUCUACAAUAACUACAAAUAGUGGCUUCAGUAAUAUGAGCUUUGAAGAUUAUUCUAGUAGUGAUGCCGAAGAGUGUCAAGCACCAGUUUAUUCACCUUUUGAAGUAGUUCGACCUGAAUGUGAUAUUAAAAGAUCUUCUUUAAAAAGACGUAGUAAUCCUUUUACAUAACAAAUUGUUGAAAACAAAUAUUUAACCUCACGCCUUGAAUAAAAUUUUACUUACAGUCUAUAUGAAUUAAAUUAUAGUAUGGUAUUAAUAAUUUUUUUUGGUUCACUAUGAGUACAAUCAAUCGUUAAAUAACAUUAUUUUAGUGUAGUUUUGAAUCUUUGUUACUAAAAGUACAAUGUUUUGAAAUCUCCUAUAUUUGUAUUUUGAAAACAAAUAUUCUAUUGUGAUUUUAGUUAUGUUUAAGUGUGAUAUAUAGCACUUAAGACU